GGUAUGCCUUCACCGUCAUGGCCAACAUCACUGUGUACGGCCUGACCUGGCUCCUGCUCAACUUCCAGACAGACCAGCCCGACCACAUGGAGCACCUGGGCCCCCAGGAUGUCCCUGUGUUUCGGAACCUGGCCCUCAUCGUGGUGGGGCUGGGGGCUGUGUCCUCCCUCAUCUUCCACCUGGGCACCAAGGAGAAGCCGUACCCACUGGGUGUGCUGCCUGACCUGGAGGAGACCACCCCCCUGCUGCACAAGGAGCCCCCGAGCCCCCCACGCCCGCUGCUGCUCUGGAAGGACUGGCUGCUGGAGCCCUCCUUCUACCAGGUGGCAGUGCUCUACAUGUCCACCCGCCUCAUUGUCAACCUGUCCCAGACCUACAUCGCCAUGUACUUGACCAACUCACUGAUGCUCUCCAAGAAAUACAUCGCCACCAUCCCCCUGGUCAUGUAUGUCAGUGGGUUCCUCUCCUCCUUCCUCAUGAAGCCUGUGAACAAGUGGAUCGGUCGGAAUCUGACCUACUUCGUGGGCAUCCUGGUGGUCCUGGCCUUCGCCUCCUGGGUGGCCCUGGCCACGCCGACGGGAGCUGAGGUCUACGGAGCGGCCGUGCUGCUGGGGGCUGGCUCUGCCACCAUCCUGGUCACCUCCCUGUCCAUGACAGCAGAUCUCAUCGGCACCAACACGCACAGCAGCGCGUUUGUCUAUGGUGCCAUGAGCUUCACGGACAAGAUGGCCAAUGGCCUGGCUGUGAUGUUGAUCCAGAACCUGCACCCCUGCCCGUGAGUGUCUCUGUG